UCGGAAACUCCCUAACCUUCUUUCUCGUCCUUCAUAACACUCUCUCUCUCUCUCUCUCUGUUAUCUUUCCCAUCUUUUGCUUCUUUUACUCACUGUGUAGAAAAUUAGAAUGGUGGUACCGCCGAGUACCAUUCUUGGCAGCGAAAAACUUCGAGCCAUGGAGCUUCCUGUAGUCGACCUUUCGGCCGAGAGAUCAGAGGUGUCGAAGCUCAUUGUUAAGGCAUGUGAAGAAUAUGGUUUUUUUAAGGUGGUCAACCAUGGUGUCCCUGAGGAGGUUAUAGUAAGACUAGAAGAACAAGUCCUCAGCUUUUUUGCCCUACCAGUGUCUGAAAAACAACGGGCUGGGCCGGCUGACCCUUUAGGCUAUGGCUGCAAGAACAUAGGCUUCAAUGGAGAUACGGGAGAGGUGGAAUAUCUUACACUUAAUACAAAUCCACUCUCCAUCGCUCAGAGAUCCAAAACCAUGUCCAAUGACCCUUCCAAAUUCAGCUCUGCUGUGAGUGGAUAUGUUGAAGCAGUUAGGGAGGUGGCAUGUGAGCUAUUGGAUCUGACGGCAGAGGGCCUGUCGGUCUCUGAUACAUCAGUGUUCAGCAGGCUGAUCAGGGACGUUGAUAGUGACUCCAUCCUCAGGCUCAAUCACUAUCCUCCUCUACAAGUGGACUGCAAGGAUUGGGACUCCUCACCAUCCUAUGCUAAAACUAGGAUUGGGUUUGGAGCCCAUUCUGACCCUCAGAUCUUGACCCUCCUUAGAUCCAACGAUGUGGGUGGCCUUCAAAUUUCUAUUGAGGAUGGGGUAUGGAUCCCGGUCCCCCCUGACCCAACUGCCUUUUGGGUUAAUGUGGGUGACACGUUACAGGCUAUGACAAAUGGGAGAUUUGUGAGCGUGCGACACAGGGCCCUAACAAACUCAUGCAAGCCUAGAAUGUCAAUUGCCUUCUUUGGGGCUCCACCCCUCCAAGCAAGGAUAGCUGCCCUUCCAGAAAUGGUUGCCCCCAACAGGCUCUCUCUCUACAGGCCCUUCACUUGGGCUGAAUACAAGAAAACAAUAUACUCUCUCCGCCUCGGGGAUACUCGUCUUGACCUUUUCAGGACAUCUACAGAUGACUGAAUUGCUUCCUGAAUUCAGUGCUGCUGUUGAAUUGUAUUGUGGGGUCGAGCAAUUCCAAGAUAUGAAAGGGUUCUUUCGUGGAUUUCCUUUUCUUUUUCUUUUGUGGAGGGCCAGGGAAGAAGGGGCCUCAAAUUGUAUACAAAUCUCUCCUGUAGUUUCUACUAGAGAAGGAUGUAGACUUGUAAUCUUAGAAUGGGGAAAAAAAAGUUUGUGCUAGUGUAAUUUCAGUCAUCGAAAAAAAAUGCCAAUUAUAUCCCAAGUUUGAUGUGCUUAA